UCCGCCUUGCUGGUGGACGGCUUCGGCCUGUGCUGGGGUUGGGGCUGCGUGGAGCCGGAAUGGCGUCCGGGAGCGGUGCGGAGGGGGAGGCUGUCAGCGGGGCCCAGCUCAUCGCUGAGUCCCUCAAGGCUCAAAGUAUUGAAUACAUGUUUGGCAUUGUUGGUAUUCCAGUUACUGAAAUCGCAAUUGCAGCCCAAGCAGUUGGAAUAAAAUAUGUAGGAAUGAGAAACGAACAAGCGGCCUGUUAUGCUGCAUCUGCUGUUGGAUAUUUGACUGGCAGACCAGGAGUAUGUCUUGUAGUGUCCGGUCCAGGUUUUUUACAUGCCCUUGGUGGGAUGGCAAAUGCAACCAUGAACUGCUGGCCUUUGAUUGUUAUUGGAGGCUCUUCUGACAGAAAUCAGGAAACCAUGGGAGCUUUCCAAGAAUUUCCACAGGUUGAAGCUGGUAGGCUGUACAACAAACUGUCUGUCCGCCCAAGCAGCCUAGAAGUUAUUCCUGCUGUUAUUGAAAAGGCUGUAAGAACCAGCAUAUAUGGUCGUCCAGGUUCCUGCUACAUUGACAUACCUGGUGAUUUUGUGAAUCUUCAGGUGAAUAAGAGCUCUGUCAAGUACGUGGAAUGCUGCCUGCCACCUCCUGUCAGCACAGCUGAAUGCUCUGCUGUAUCCGAAGCAGCAUCUAUCAUUGCUCGUUCCAAGCAGCCUCUGCUAAUCAUUGGCAAAGGUGCUGCUUAUUCACAUGCUGAAAACAACAUCAGAAAGUUGGUGGACCUUUGUGGACUGCCUUUUUUGCCUACACCAAUGGCAAAAGGAGUAGUUCCUGAUAACCAUCCAAAUUGUGUAGCUGCAGCAAGAUCAACGGCAUUACAACAUGCUGAUGUGAUCAUCUUGCUUGGUGCAAGAUUGAAUUGGAUUUUGCAUUUUGGUCUUCCACCAAGGUAUCAACAAGAUGUAAAGGUUAUUCAGAUUGAUAUUUGUGCAGAAGAGCUUGGGAAUAAUGUGAGGCCAGCUGCAAUUUUGUUAGGUGACAUAAACACUGUGACUAAGCAGCUCUUAGAAGAAUUCAGCAAAAGACCACUGAAAUAUCCUUCUAAUUCGGAGUGGUGGAAGAAGUUGAGAGAGAAAAUAUCUACCAAUGAGGAAAGAUCAAAGGGAUUAGCAUUGCAGAAAUUGCUGCCUAUGAAUUACUACACAGUCUUUCAUCACAUCAGAGAACUGAUACCCAAGGACUGCAUCUUAGUAAGUGAGGGAGCAAAUACCAUGGACAUUGGACGAACUAUGCUUCCAAAUAACUAUCCUCGUCAAAGGCUUGAUGCAGGUACUUUUGGAACGAUGGGAGUUGGACUGGGUUUUGCUAUAGCAGCUGCAAUGGUAGCUAAAGACCGAACACCUGAAAAGCGAGUCGUCUGCAUAGAGGGCGAUAGUGCGUUUGGAUUUUCUGGUAUGGAGGUGGAGACUAUUUGCAGAUACAACUUGCCAAUCCUGAUUAUCAUAAUAAACAACAGUGGGAUUUAUACUGGUUUGGAUGCAGAUGCCUGGAAGGAGAUGUUAAAGUUUGGAGACCCUGCUACAUGUGUACCUCCUGUUUCUCUCCUGCCAAAUUCACACUAUGAGGAAAUUAUGUCUGCCUUUGGAGGUAAAGGAUACUUUGUUAAAACGCCAGAAGAAUUGCAGAAUGCUCUGAAAGCAAGCAUCACUGACAAGCAAACACCUUCUCUUAUAAAUGUAAUGAUUGAUCCACAGUCUGAGAGAAAGAAACAGGAAUUUCCCUGGCUGACUCGUUCUAACCUGUAGUAGAAGAUGAAGAUAAUGGUGGUGCAAGGCAGUGCAUUAAGCAAAACUAAAUUGGUUUCUAAAGUGGAACUGGUACAGCUGUCUUUUACAUAAGCAUUGGAACAAAGUGGGAUUUUAAAACUGCAAUUAGAGGAAUCUUUAAAUGCUGAAAUUAAUUAAUUGUUAAAUGAACAAGACACACAUGAAUGUAUACCAGGCCUUCUAGCAGACUAUACAGAAUCACUGAUGGUAAAAUUACAUACUCUUAGUCAGAGUUGUACCCAUCAAGAUUUGUGAAUUAAAAUCUUGGAUGUUCUGGAUGAAGGGAGUAAGCUGAGGGUUUUAUACUGACAGAAACGCAGAAGUCUUUGGCAGUCUGCAAUUAUAACAACUUCAUUUUUAACCAGCAUGCUGCUUGUUAGAGACUGUCCUGUAAGGACCAAAACAAAGCAUCUUGUUGUGAAAAAGUGCUGAUUGGCCUUAUUAUGCAUUGAAGCCCAUUGUAUUGAUAGUCACUUCACAAUUUUACAGGUUGUUUUUUCAGUCUACUGCAUGUAGAAGUAGUAUAUUAAAAAUGCAAACUGA